CCUCUAGAUUCUCUGCCGUCUAUCCAUAAUCAUGGCGUUGCAUUAACACAACAACGCAAGUGCGCAUACACAAAAAUCCAUUUCAGGAACAUGUGCAUCAUGCGAAACGUGUCGGCUUUUGAACCGCGGAGGCGGAAUCCCGGUCGUAUCUUGCCCAAUCCCUGUUACGCUGUGGAGUUAUUGAACAUAGGCCCUUGCCGUCCUGUCCUACGUGAGGCUCUGCUGAGGGGCACAGCCGGUAUCUCCAUGAAUCCUUCCUGCGAACUUGGGCGACAUUCGUGACCGACAACCAAAACUGGCACUGGAGUGGUUUGACAAAACCUUCGCUGCCAAUCGCAUCAUUCAGCAGCGAAGGGAGCAAAAAUGAGAUCAACGGGAACCUCAACCAAGGUAGACAGAUCAUGCCCGUACGCUGUGGGAUAUGUCGUUAUCGAGGCGUUCGAUGUGACGGCGCCCGGCCAUGUUGUUCGCAAUGUCAGUCCAUAGGCUUCGCGUGCCCCGGCUAUACGACCACGCAGAGACCCAGCAGAGACAAGGUAGGUGUCCUCGCGAGGCUCCACCCAGAUCACGUUCCGGACUCCAUGAAUGAGAGUCUGGUGUACGAUCCCGUACCCGAGUUGUACAAUGAGGCGCAAAUAAUUUUUGAUGGCCUUCAUUAUUUCAACGAUCGCGUCAGCAAUGACUUGAUUUCCAUUGCAACACAUUCCAAUCCUUAUCAAGUACCGCUGUCGAGCAUGGACAAGAUACCGCGCAUUUACGUCAAUCUGCUUGUCACGACUGCUAUCGUGCAUCGUACCAUGCAGGAAGAUCCAGCGUUCGUAAGAUCCUCUGCGCUGGUACAGCGAGAGCAUGAUCUCUAUACCUUCAGACUUCGGGCUCUUCAAGAAGUGAACAACAGAUUAAGUAAAGAAGAUACACAGACAAGUGAUUCCACUCUGAUGUGUGUCAUAUGUCUGCUUUUAUCCACGAUGCAACAAUCGGCUUAUGGAGACUGGAGGGCGCAUCUGGAAGGUGCUCGACGUAUUAUCCAACUCAGAGGCGGAUUGAAAGAAGUCAUUGGGCAGAAUCCAUUCUUUAAGCCGCUCAUGGCAUUUUUUGUUGCGAUUGAUGUCAUGUCUGCAACGACGGCCCCUUCAAGCCACAGACACAUGUAUGCUGCUACGACCAUGGCCUUGCACUACUGGGAAGCAGCGCCUGGAAUCUUUCAGUCGAAUUACGCUAUCAGUGCCCCUUGCCCAGAAGAAUUAUUCCAAGUUCUAAUAUUAGUCAACUACCUUCGCGCUAUCUCGAAGAAAUCCAAUCUCACUUCUCGGCGACAUGCAGGGACCUGGAUGGUCUUGAAUAAAGUACAAGCGUUCAAUGCUCCACAAUGGGCCAUGAAAAUGAAAAGCUUCAGAGGCUGGAAGCCGAGCGGAGAUGGCGUCGAGUUUGAUGUGACGACAUCUGGGUCUGGUAGGAAGACUCCGCCGUUAUCGAGAGGACAACAGGCCCCAAGGACGUCUCCCACCACGACGAAGCACUCAACUAAAAUCCAAAUGGAAACAAAUGCAACACCGGAGCCAACCGCUUUGAUCGAAGACUUGUGGUUGAAUAUUGCUGUCGUUUACCGCUCGGCAAUCGUCCUGUACGCCAUUCGCACACUGAUACUCGACCUGCCUGAGGAUAAGGAUUUCCUCUAUACCGAGGAUACUCCAUAUCUUAAUCUGGAAGCACUGCGCCUAGAACAUAGUCGGGCACUGAGAGAAUGUCUAACCCCAAUUUUCUCAGAUGCGACCAAUGCACACCAGUUCGGCAAACUGGUUUAUUUUCCGAUGUUUGUGUGCGGUAUGGAGCUGGACCAAGCAGAGGAGGGGUUCCAGAACUUUGUAGCACAUGGGUUAGAAACUGUCGGCACAGCGUGCGGUACUCUGGGCCCUAUCUCGGCAGCGGAUGAGCUGAGAGGUUACUGGGCCGCAAGUGUGAAGAAGAAGAAAAAUGGCGGACAUGUCACCUGGGACGAAUGGUUCGAAGGUAAACCCGACUUCAUAUUUGGAUUUUGAAGUUCUGGUCCAAGGUAUCGAAACCCACGACAGAGAUGGAUGGGUGGCAUGGUAGCUACUUAUCCUAAAACACCUUAUAAUCAUUCCUUGUAAUCCAUGCUCCCGUUGCAUAUCUCUACGUGGUGUUACCAGAUAGCAAUACGGCAUCUCUGUUGUCCCCAGAUACAUCCACAAUAGCUGUCCGAGACCGGAGAGCGGAUAUAUUCAAGAAAUCUGGCGUCAGAAUGUUUCAUGAGUACCAAACGUUUACUUUUUUUCAAUGUCAGAACCCAGAAACAUUGAUGUUUGCGCGAUAAUGGCCUUCUCCCGGCAUGAAACUACAUGAUGGCGACAGUUUCUCGAGCCUCAACUGGCAUGCACACUCCAGUGGCCGGAGAAUCACCGGCUGCGUAGUGGUUCGCCAAAAGACAACUCGCAGCUUUUGAAGAUACUUUUG